AUGACUUUGUGCACGUAUCGAGUUAACAAACAAAGAACCUUGAAGCUUCGGACAUUUGACGUGGCGAAUUUAAAUGUAUCGGAUACAACUAAUAUGUGCAAACUUGUGUUCGUCUUUAUGGUAUUUUGGUCCACCCACACCUCAAAAAGCAUUCACAUUGUUAGAAAUUAUGCUUUGUCUGGAAUGUAUGCAAAGUAUGCUACAUUUAUGUUGGCUACAAUUCUUUUGGUUAAUUUAGAAAUAUUUGAAGUGGUCAACUGGAGUGUUGUGCAAAAUCAAAAACACAUUUUAUUCACCAUCACAGUCCUUCUUGCUUUGAAGGGCAUUAAAGACUAG